AUGUCAAACCUACGCCAGCGACAGCCCGAGCGCCACUCGAAUGCAAGCCCGGCCGCACCGCCUAAAAAAGAUCGCCGUGGAGUCCGUGAAGAGGAAGACCAAGGCCUCAGCACGCUCGACAUCAUUCGCGUGAUCGCGGCGCUCGUCAUCGCAUCGUGCGGUCUGUCCUACUACAUCACCAACUCCGAGUCUCUUAUCUGGGGUUACCAGCCGUGGUUUACUCGGUGGCCGGUGGUGAAAUCCUACCUGACCGGCCCCGUCAAUCUUACCCCCGCCCAACUCGCUCUCUACAAUGGCUCCGAUCCCGCCCUCCCAAUCUAUCUCGCCGUGAACGGCUCCAUCUUCGACGUCUCCGCCAACCCGGCCAUCUACGGACGCGGCGGAAGCUACAAUUUCUUCGCAGGACAUGAUGCCACCCGCGCCUUUGUGACGGGCUGUUUCCAAGAAGAUAUCACACCGGAUCUGAUCGGCGCCGAAGAAAGAUUCAUCCCCGUGGAGGAUGUGCAAGAUGAGAAGAUCACGAAUGCGCAGCGGAAGAUCAGACGGGAGCGGGAGGUCCGUCUUGCCCGGGCGAGUGUGGAACAGACGGUUAAUCGGUGGGAAGGGUUCUUCCGCAAUCAUAAGAAGUAUUUCCAGGUGGGCAGAGUGGUUGAUGAUGGAGAGAUUGAUCCGUUGAAGGGGAAGAGGGUACUUUGUGACGGGGCGAUUCAGCAAAGGCCAAAGCGUAGUGAGAUGAUGGAUGACCAGGCAUAA